GUAUCUCACUCCAUCGCCCAGGCUGGAGUGCAAUGGUGUGAUCUCAGCUCACUGCAACCUCUGCCUCCUGGGUUCAAGCGAUUCUCCCCGCUCAGCUUCCCGAGUAGCUGGGAUUACAGGUGUGCGCCAUCAUGCCUGGCUAAUUGUUGUGUUUUUGUAGAGAUGGGGUUUCACCAUGUUGGCCAGGCUGGUCUCGAAUUUCUGACCUCAGGUGAUCUGCCCCCUGGGCCUCCCAAAGUGCUGGGAUUACAGGUGUGAGCCACUGCGCCCGGCCAGGACACCUCCUUUGAUCACUUUAUCUAAGGCACACUCAGGCACUGCAUGGUUUUUUUCCCUCUCAACACUGUCAGCCCUGACAUAGUAUAAUACGGAUUUUUAAAUUGUGUCUCCCUGGCUGGAAUGAAAGUCCAUGACCAUGAGCUGGGACGUUAUUCCAUUUACUAGUUUCUUUGGGGGCUGUUUCUUUACUUGUAAAAUGGGCAUUUCUGGGUUCAAGUUCCUUCUGACCAGGAUGUUCUGGGGAUAUGAAUUUCUGCUGUCUCGUGGCAGGCCUGAAUCACAAAUAUUUUUUCCCAGAUAUGGAACUGUAUUGCAGGUGGGCUUUGCGUGUUUCCAGGACCCCUGAGACUUUUCUUUUCUUUUCUUUUUUUUGAGACGGAGUUUUGCUCUUGUCGCUCAGGCUGGAGCGCAAUUGCGCGAUCUCGGCUCAGUGCAACCUCUACCUACCGGUUUCAAGCGAUUCUCCUGCCUCAGCCUCCCGAGUAGCUGGGAUUACAGGCAUGCGCCAGCACGCCCGGCUAAUUUUGUAUUUCUAGUAGACACGGGGUUUCAGCAUUUUGGUCAGGCUGGUCUCAAACUUCUGACCUCAGGUGAUCCGCCCACCUCGGCUCCCAAAGUGCUGAGAUUACAGGCGGAGACUUCUUCACCACUAGUUUCCCACUAUGGGAGUCUGUAUCCUUACCACCGAAGAUAAGGUUGCAUCAUAGUCUGGCAAUAUUUUUUUGAUCUUUAGACACAGUUCAAUGAGAGGUAUUCGAAGCAGUAAAAAUGAAUCACAUUCCAACUACUGACUUUUAUUAAAAAGAGUACUAUCAGAUGAAAAUAGUUUUCACACUAUUAUAUAAAAAGACCCAUUUUACUUACCCUAAGGCUAAGAUCAAUUAACAGAACCCCUGGGAUAACAGCCCAGGCACCAAAUCUGGCCUCAGAGUCGUCCUUGACUUCCCUAAACCGCUUUCCCCCAUCUCAGAUUCUGAGAAUUUGGUUUCUGUCAAGAUGUGCCUCUCCAGCCAGGCCUCUCCUGCCAGGACGGUGGCCACAGGGCCAUCUCCCUCUCCUGGCGCCCCCAACUGCCUGGCCAAGGUGACUGCUACACACGUGGGGUCGCAGAAUCCCUCGAGUCACAACGUCUUCAACGUCUUGUCAGUCCCCUGAUCGCACUAAACGUAUUUAAAGCCCCCUACUCCUUUAAGAGGGUCACCUCUGUGUACAGGCGGCCUCCUCGCACUAAGUGUGGUGGCGUUCAAGGCUCCGAGACACAGGCGCCUCCCGCGCCACUCCCCGGGCACAGGAACUCCUACUCAUUCCUCAGUCAUCAGCUCGAAGGUUUCUUCUCCAAGAAGCCUGCCCGGCACUCGAGAAGUAGAGCCGCGAGCCUUCUCCCGGGGGCCCAGCCUUCCCCAGUACGGGCAGGGAUCACCCCGGGAGCCCGCGCCCGGCCCCGCUGAGGCCAGGGGCUCCUCGGAGGCGCGGAAAAGCCGGGGAACCAGCGCAGUUACGGCACACACGAUGCGGGGCCUGCACAGAUGCCGGGCGCCCGAUCCUCAGUGGCAAAAUAGAGACUCCGCGGAAGAGACACUGAGGUGGGGGAGGCUGCGGGGAUCCCAUACCGCACUCCAGGUGCCAGGCUCCGCCCCGCCCCUGACGGCGCUUCCGGAUCCGGCGGGUGCCGGAAGUGGGCGGGCGGCGACGGCUGCGCGCGGAGGCGGUGGAGGAGGUGCUGCGAGCAGCCGGGCAGCCGCUUCCCGCCCCCGAGCAGGAGCCGGUGCGAGCGGAGCAGAGCCGAGGUCGGGCCGCGAGCGGAGCCGGCCGAGCGGGCGCCGAGCUCCCGCCAUGGCCCGGAACACGCUGUCCUCGCGCUUCCGCCGGGUGGACAUCGACGAAUUUGACGAGAACAAAUUUGUGGACGAGCAGGAGGAGGCGGCGGCGGCGGCGGCGGAGCCAGGCCCGGACCCGAGCGAGGUGGACGGGCUCCUGCGGCAAUAUCCUUCCCUGACGCGGCGUCCGGGCCUGCGCGCGGCCUUCUCACCUUCCCACCUUCCCACCUUCUCGGGCCCUUUCGGGCGGGCCUCCCCUGUCUCCGACCCCCGGCCCCCUCAGGAGCGAGCCCAGGGCGUGGUGCUGAAAGUGCUCACAAACUUCAAGAGCAGUGAGAUUGAGCAGGCUGUGCAGUCACUGGACAGAAACGGCGUUGACUUGUUAAUGAAGUACAUUUAUAAAGGCUUUGAGAAGCCCACAGAAAAUAGCAGCGCAGUGUUACUCCAGUGGCACGAAAAGGCCUUAGCAGUAGGAGGACUAGGCUCCAUUAUAAGAGUUCUUACAGCAAGAAAGACUGUUUAACAAAAAUAAAAAGACUCAUGUUACCUUGAGAAGAAUUCUGGAUGCCCAGGCUGGUGAAGAAGGGAUUGACAAUGGACCAUCUUCCUAGGAACUCCCAAGUAAACUAUUUCAGGACAUGUAUCUGCUGAAAUGUAUUUUAUUUUCAAGGUGGAGGGGAAAAUCGUCUGUUUCCUAAAUCCUGUUUAGGAUCUGAUAGUCUAUGCCUUUGUCUCCGAGUACUGCAGAACUGACAUUUUGACGGUCUACCAGCGUGGCGGCUGGUGUUGGUCAGAUGCACCUGUGCGCACUGGGGGAGGGAUGGUUUGGGCAGGUGCAGAUCCAAGGGCUGUGGUAAACAGGAGAGUUUGUGUUUUUGAAGUGGAAAAAAACCCAAGAGUUUGUACAGACAUCCUGUCUUCCCAGAGAAGGUGGACACUCUUGGGCUCAUUGUAAAGUGCCUGCUGCAUCAAUAAAGCUCUUGGCUUAUUAGUCUAUA